UGCACGCGGGGCCUCGGCGGCGGCUUCGGCAGGGCGGGAUGCGCCGAGGGGAUCCUCUUCGCUACCAGCGGGAAGGCGACGAUGCAGAACCUCAACGACCGCCUGGCCUCCUACCUGGACAAGGUGCGGCUGCUGGAGGGAGAGAACGCGGACCUGGAGUGCAAGAUCAGGGAGUGGUACGCCAAAGUGGGGCCCAGCUGCGAGCCGCGGGACUACAGCUGUUUCCAUAAGGAAAUCGACGAUCUGCAAAACCAGAUCCUGUGUGCAGCUAUGGAAGCUAACAAAAUCAUUCUGGACAUUGAUAACAACCGUAUGACUGCGGACGACUUCCGUGUGAAGUACGAGACGGAAUGCGGCCUCCGGCAGAACGUGGACACGGAUAUCUGCAACCUCCGCCCUGUGCUGGACCAGCUGGCCAGCUGCAAGACCGACCUGCAGCUGCAGUUUGAGGCCCUGACCGAGGAGAUGUGCUGCCUCAAGACGAACCACGAGGAGGAGAUGAGCUGCCUGAGGAAGCAAGCGACCGGCGACGUGAACGUGGAGGUCAACGCCUGCCCCGGCCCGGACCUCAGGAAGAUCCUGGAGGACCUGAGGUGCCAGUAUGAAACGCUGAUGGAGCGCAACCGCAAGGAGACGGAGCAGUGGUACGCCUGCAAGGUGGAGGAGGUGAACCUGGAGGUCAUCACCAGCAGCCAGGAGAUCGAGUCAAGCAACAAGCAGGUGACAGAGCUGAGGCGCCAGCUGCAGGGCUUGGAAAUCAACGUCCAAGCCCAGCUCAACAUGAAGGAAAACCUGGAAUCGUCCCUGGCCGAGACGGAAUGCCGCUACAACAGGUACCUCGCGGAGCUCCAGGGCCAGAUCUCCUGCGUGGCGGAGAUCCGCGCCGAGAUGGAGUGUCAGAACCAGGAGUACAAGACCCUCCUGGACGUCAAGUGCCGCCUGGAGCAGGAGAUCCAGACCUACCACUGCCUGCUGGAGGGCGGCCAGCAGGACCUCGCGUACGCAGACCGCAGGGAGGCCCGGGCCUAG